AGAGAUCCAGGAAGAGGAAGAGGAAGAGGAAGAGGAUGUUUUCAGUGAGUGUCAAACUGCUGCUGGUCUCAUUGGAUCCAGCUGCAGAAUGGAGGGAACAUCUGUCCUCAGGCUGCUGGCUCUGAUCUCUCUGCUGAGCCGCUCAACAAACCAAGUUCAUCUGACUGUGAGUCCCAGCAGAUCUCAGUUCUUUAGAGGAGAAUCAGUGACUCUGAUCUGUGAGGAUGAAAACGGAUCUGAUGGAUGGACUGUGAGGAGAAACACGACCAGAGACACCAGAGCUGAGUGUGAGGACUGGGGUCAACCAGCGAACUCUUCAUGUACUUUAACUGGUCUCCUCCCAUGGGACACUGGUCUGUACUGGUGUGAGUCCAUGUCUGGAUCCUCCAGCAGCAGCAGCAGCAUCCAGCUCUCUGUCUCUGGUGGAUCAGUGAUCCUGCAGAGUCCUGUCCUCCCUGUGAUGGAGGGAGAUGACGUCACUCUGAGCUGCAGAGCAAAGAAUCCAACCCACAACCUCCCAGCUGCUUUCUAUAAAGAUGGCUCCUUCAUUGGUGAUGGACCAUCAGGUCACAUGACCCUCCUCCAUGUUUCCAGCUCUGAUGAAGGCCUCUAUAAAUGUAAUGUCAAAGGUCAUGGAGAGUCUCCAUCCAGCAGGAUCUCUGUCAAAGAAAAAUCCUCGCCUACUGCACCUACGUUUCUAUUUGCCCUCCUGCCUGUUCUGCUUGCUGUUGUUGUGGUUUUACUGGUAUUGCUGGGAGUACUGGUGAGGAGACACUCAAACAGGAAACCCGAGAAAGUUGGAGAGGAGGAUAUCAGAUACGGUGACAUUCGCAUAUUGCCUCAUCAACACAGGAGCAAUACACCAAAAAAUGAGAGCCAUCCAGACGCCGUCUAUUCAGCAGUGAGGACAGAAGAUGCCAACUAUUGACAUCAUCAAACACAAAAAGGACAAGACAAGAAGCAGAGGUAGAAUUUAAUCCCUAAACCUUAAAGUUACAAAUUUGGUCAAAUUUAUGAGCAUGAGGAUCAGUGUUGAAAAAACUUCUGAAAGUACCUUGAUUCAAAAA